AUGUUCGAAGAAGAUUUUGAAGGAGGCGACGCUGGAGCUUCACAAACCGUGCCAGUACAGGCUGGAUCAAUAAAAAAAAAUUCUUUUGUCAUGAUCAAGGGACACCCAUGUAAGGUGGUGGAGUACUCUACAUCCAAGACCGGCAAACACGGACACGCCAAGGCAAACAUUACGGGAAUCGACAUAUUCACCGGCAAGAAGUACGAGGAUAUAUGCCCAACUUCACAUAACAUGGACGUCCCGCACGUUAAGAGAACUGAAAUUCAGUUAAUAGGAAUUGAGGACGACGGAUUUGUGACGCUGCUGAACCCAGACGGUUCGUGCAAAAACGAUCUGCAGCUUCCUAAGGACUCAGAAGGCAACCACGACGACGUCGCAAAGCAAGUUCAAACUCUUUUCGACUCCGGAAAGGAAGUCCUCGUGACUGUUCUCACCGCCUGCGGAAUGGAGAAAAUUAUUGCCUGCAAGGAGCUCAGCUAA